UGUGAAGAGGCACAAAAUCGUAUUAGAGCUUGUUGUUUCCGUUCUCGAUACUUUCCUGGUGGCCAUGAUGUUCUUGUAAAUAAAGUAUAGAGUAGUGGAUUUGAAGAUUUUAACUUUAUUUAAGAUACUGGAACAAUUACAUUAGGAACAACUUACGGGUUGCAUACCCGCGAGUAAUAAGUAGUCAUUCUGUCUUUUUAACCAUACAGAUAAGAUUAACGAAUAAAUUCUAGGGUUUUACGAAAUGCCUCGUGAGAUCGUUAAAGCACAUUACCUUUUGUCUGAAAAUCAUUUUCUAUAGAUAAACAUGCGACAAGCCUGCCCAAUCUCUCUGUUUUGAGGAAAAUUUUGUCCGUUCUGAGAUUUUUGAAACAGGGUACAAAAUCCCCCAAAGGUUUGGAAAACUGCCAAUCGUCAUUGAUCUUUUCGAGAUAACCCCGAAAUCGAGAGAUUGGGUAGUCUCAAAAUUAAAUUCGCCCAUGUUCUGACAGUUGAUAUUUUAAAGUGACAUCUCUAGUUCAGUUUUCGUCCUCAGAACUAUUCUCAAGAAAUAAAAAGUACGUAAACUGGUUGAGUGUUUUUCACAGGAUUAUGUACCCCUCAUUGCUAAACAUCGUUAACUGCUAUAGAAGAUCGUAGGUUCUUUAGAAAACUUUGAGAAGAUAGAGUCACUUUAAAGACUGAAUUUUAACGGUUUAUUAUGGAAGGUUGGUUAUUCAAAAACAUUACAGCUUUGUAUACUUUUGUGAGAACGUAGCUUGUUUGUUCCACUUGAUACAUGUAAGAAGAAACAUGUAAAAUUAUGGUCUACUAUGAUAUUAGUAUUGCUCCAAUUAUAGAGUUAAUCCUAAAAUUGCAGAUUUUUCAUGAUGUAACUGCCUGAUUUAUAAAAUCUUACGUGGAAGUCACAUCAUCGUCUACACUGACUUAUCGUGUCGUAAUAGUUACCAAUAUAUGAUGGAGAACACAUUCAGUCUGAAGAUAGAACAUGAUAUUUAAUAUGAGUAAAAGAUUUAAGGUAACAUUCAACAAGGACCACGCCUGAAAGACCAGGCCAUUUGAAACGUCACGAAUUCAAAGAAACCUAGUUUUAAAAUGUAUGAGUAAAUUUUCGUUUAAUGCCAAUUUAAUGAACAAUAGAAAAAUAAAUAUAUUUUACGAUAGCAUUUAUAGUGAUACAUGACUACCUCACCUAUGUGCGAUUGACGUUAUUUCAUCAGUCCAGCAAAUAAUAUACGGAGGUUCUUAAUGAGAAGACCGUAGUCAAAUAUGAGCAUUUUUCUGCUUGAUGAUGAAGUUCCUAUCGAAGCUGUCCGUUGGUUGUAUUUCCGUCGUUCUGGUGGAGUAAGUACAUGGAAACCAUUUUGUGGAUAUGAUUCAAUACGUCUUGAAACAGCUUAUCGAGAGCGUUAUAACGGCAGCACGGACAGAGUUUACGAUAAGAUUACUGUUCGUGGGGAGAUGUUCGAAGUAGACAUGGAAAGUUGCCAAUGUAUUCCUAUAUACUGGUUUGGCAAAAAACGAUCUGUACAUAGUAGAAGAAAAACUUGGUGUUCAACCAGAGUGGUGCGUGCUGUUUGGUUUCAGAAGAUCAAUUGGUUACCUUUGGAUACAAAGUUAUCUGAAGUGAUUGAAUAUGAACAUCGUACGUAUGCUAUACCUAAAUUGAAGGGAGUUACAGGCAAAAGUCAUAAGCCUGUUCAUAAAUAUCAGUCAAACAAUUAUGAAAUAAAAUGGAUGCCUGAUGGUACUAUCUAUUUAGUUACUAAAAGUGCAGAGCCUUUUGGUAAAGUUAGAUUACACGGAGGAUUAAGUAGUGUUCCUAUUAGCAGAGGAUUUAAUCGUCCAGCGGAAACUAGUGAUAGACCUCCCCCUAUUACUCAUGUAUGCUUUGUUGUCCAUGGUAUCGGUCAACAGUUAGCUAGUAUACGCCAUGAAUGUGCCAAAAUAAGAAAAACAUGUCAAAAAGUAGCUGAAAAACUAUAUCCUAAACUACCUGAAACUGGACAACGACUUGAAUUUAUUCCAGUGAAUUGGCGUAGUUCAUUAUCAUUGAAUUCAAAAACUUUAGAUAAUGUAACUAUAGCACAAUUAAGACCAUUACGUGAUUAUAUAAAUCAAAGUUUUGUUGAUAUUUUAUAUUAUACAAGUCCUGUAUAUCGUCAUGAUAUUAUGCAAAGUUUAAGUUAUGAAUUAACUAGAUUAUUUAAUUUAUUUUGUUCAAAAAAUCCACAAUUUCUUCAAAAAGGUGGUCAAAUCUCUGUACUUGCACAUUCACUUGGUAGUGUUAUUAUGCAUGAUAUUUUACGAAGUACCGAAAUUAAAUUACCAAAUUCAUUAUUUCAUUCAUUAGCAGAUUUAAGUUGUUCACAAUCAUCACUUCAUGAUAAUGAAUGUGGAACAAUUGCCCUUAGGCCGAAAAAAGGAAGGACUCGUAACUUAACUGGUUAUUCGAAUUCCGGAUCGAAAGAGUCAGUCAGUAAUAUUACCAAUAAUAGUAAUAAUAAUACAGAUCGCGAUCGUACCUUGAAAUAUCCAAAUCGGGGAUCAUUUUUGGAAAAUAUAUCAAAACCAAAAGAAUGGAAAUCUGUACCACAGUUGGCAAAUCUAUUUUUAAUUGGUUCACCAUUAGCCUUAUUUAUAUCCGUUAAUGAUUUAUGUCCACCAACAUAUAUAAAUCCAUCGACUAAUUCAUUACAAUUAACUAAUUCUACGGAUGAUGAACGAGAUCCAACAAGUAAUUCACAUUCAGUACAAAAUAGUAUUACAUCAACAACAACAACAACAUCAACAUCUAAACAUACAGGUGUUGAUUUAGAUGAAAUUGAUCCUGAAGCAUUAUUUUCAUAUUUUGCAUGUCGAAGAGUAUUCAAUAUAUUUCAUUCAUAUGAUCCAGUGGCAUAUCGUUUAGAACCAUUAUUAUUGAAACAUUAUGCGAAUAUUAGUCCUGUUGUUAUACCGAAAGCAUCAAUUAAUCAUUUAGAAAAAUGUUUAUCAAUUAAAGAUAUUUCACUUAUUAAUAAUAAUAAAUCAAAUCAAUCAGAUAGUCAAACACCAACAUUAAAAGGUUCUAAUACAUCAUUAACAGCAAUUGAUGAUAUUGAAUCAACACAUUCAAUGCAUACAUUGGAUUUAUCUGAUUCAGAUAGUGAUUCAUCUGAUCUAUCAUUAAAUGGUGCUAGUAGUAGUCAUGGUUCUGAUCAUAAAGAACAAAAACGAAAAUUUUUCAAACGUUUAAGUGUUGUGGAUGAAAAUUCCGUUUAUAAACAACAUCAAUCAUUAGCAAUGAAAAUAUUCAGUAAUUAUAUAACUAGACGAUCAUCUAAUGUAACUAAUUUAAAUCCAAUAUUAUGUCAAAUGCGUUCAAUGCCAACAAUGAAUGAAAAACAACUUCGACGUCGUGUUGAUUAUGAAUGGCAAAAAUCAUUUUCACCACUUGCUAUAUUAGGUGCACAUAAUAGUUAUUGGAGUAGUCAUGAAUUAGCAUUUUUUAUGCUUUAUCAAAUAUUUGGACCACCACAUACUUUACGUUAAACAAUAAAUAGAUAGAUAGAUAGAUAGAUAGAUCUAUAUCUAUACAACAUGUUGAAGUAUACAUGGAUCAAGUAUUUUCCAGUUUUAUUGUCUUAUGUAAUGCAUUUGUAUUUGUUGCCCAAACACUUGGAAACAUUCCAUUCCAUAUUUCUUUUUUUGGAUAUGCUGAAUUAUUUUUUAUUUCAACAACAACAACAAAGAAACAUUUUCAUCUUCAAAGCAAAAAGAAAAGAAAAAAAAGAAAAAACAUUCUCACAGAUUAUAGAAUAAACUUUUUUUUAUUUUCGGAAUUUUUCUCUCUUUUUUUUGUUUAUUAUUUUGUCUGAUCAUUGUAAAUUAGAUCAAUAGAUUAAUCCACGUUCGUUGAAUUGACUAAUACACAUGGUAACAAUUUUCUUUUUUAAUGAGAAGAAAAACAACAAAAAGGAAAAAAUAAAAGAAAACUCCAUUACUCUCAAUCAAUAUUCCUCUAUUUUAUAAUUGAUCAGUUAUUUUUGGUAACUUAGAUAUAUACUACUUAAUAUUGAGUUGGGUGUUUUUCUUUCAUGUUUAUUUUUUAUAUUAUUACAUAAUAAUGAAAUCAAUUUGAUUGUAUUUGUGUGUGUGUGAAUGGGUGUGUUUAUGCGUUUUCAGCUUUCUUUUAUUUUGUUUUUGUUUUAUCGAAAAAAACGAAACAAUGACCUUGGACGAACUUACGUUUGCUCAGUAAAUUCGCUUGUACUCCUUUGGUACGAUCUCGAUAUUCUUUCGAUACCACGAGAUCACCAAUAAAUAUACUUCGCUACAACCUUCAAUCGCCUUCUGAUAUUUCGUACACAACCUUCCUGUAGUGGUGAUCAUAGUCAACCGCGGCUCGACGCCACACUUCACUUAUAUCACAUAGCUUCCAGUUAGUUCAGUGGUUUCUUUAUCAAUUUAUUAAACACAUUCUUGUAGACUUUACUAUGAGAAUUACAUUCAUUAUGCAAUGAACAAGAAGAUAAAUGAAGACAGCUAAUUGUAUUUCCUUACAAAAUUACAGAGUAUUUAAGGAAAAUAUGAAAACCGUACAUCGAAUACUUGAUUUUCAAAUUUCCAUCACUUGUCCUUCACACACUGUAUGACUUUUUCACUUCACAAUUCCUUCUUAACUUCAGUUCUGUUUUCUUCAAUUCGAUCUUCUUAGCCUUCUGCUGCCAUCCAUUUAACUUUUGAUUGGUGUUACACACUACUUAUGUCUGUCAACAUAAGUAGCACACAUAACUAUAUAUAUAUAUAUAUAUAUAUGCAUUCUGGAAUAAAUUACUCCCUAAUGAUACGAUAUGCAGUUUUAAGUACAAAAUCAUGGUAAGAACUUCCUGUAUGUAAUGAGUGUUUUACAACAUCAGGAAGAUUGGGCAAAGUUAACCGGAAACAACAUUUCCUCGAGCAAACACGGUAAAAGUACAUUAAUACAAAAGUUUUUUGGACUUUGCGACCACUUUGCACCUUUAUUGAUCAAUGAUUGAAUGAGUCACCUUAUUUUUUAUUUCAGUCACCAUUUACUGAGAAUGCUAGAUGUAAAUCAUCAUAGGACGAUUUAACAGUAAUCGUGUUAGUCUUGCAUAAACCGGACAACAAGACAAAGAAAUUAAUUAUGCAGCAACACUUUAAUUGCACCCUUGUGCAGACCUAUCAUUAUGUAAACGAACUUAGAACACCAGGGUCAUAAAAAUCUGAAUGGUAAUUUCAUAAUCCUUAACACGCCUAUGGACUCAUAUAUGUGUAACUGUUAGUUCCGCUACUCGUAUUGUACCUACUUACUUCUUACAUAUAUGCCUUAUCUACCUAGGCGUAUUUUUGUCUGUAUAUCUCUGCGCGCGCUAUUUAAAAAGACAGUGAUACUUUUUCUCGC